CUCGCACGAAAGGCGAGCGCGACUUCUCCACGUAGACCUGGAACUGCUGGUGGGCGAGCCGCGCCAUUUAUACGCCUUCAUGCAACACGUCAAGUCUACAAGCCAACUGCAGCUCCUACAGUUUUAUAAGGACAUCAAACUGUUUCAAACCAAGCUGCUAGACCCAAACCUAAAGCCGAACGAAGAAGAACAAGCAACAUUAUUCCGCGAAGCGACGGAGCUACUUGCCCGUCGCGGUAACACGAGAGCUAUACAUAAUGGAGACCUUAAGAGAUUACAAACGUGUCCCGAAAUCUUCACGGCAGCGAAUGAGGUGCAAGCCGUGCUUGAAAAUGUGUUGCUGCCCCGUUUCUUACACAGCGAAGAGUAUUAUAAAAUAUUGAUUGGAUCAAGAAUACCCACAGGCUACCAAAAACAAAACAAGAGGACACCGCCAGUCCGCGCUAAAGGCCCACCACGCGCGCCCACCACCGGCCUGAUUUUAGAACAUUGCGGCAACGAAGAUGGCGACGAUGGAGCCCUACUGGCGUGUCUAGAACACCUUGCUGACGAGUUGGAUGAUGACCUUGUCACCUACAAAGUUGUAUUAACCAGCGUCGACAUCAGAAUGCAAGCGCCUCCCCGCGCGGGCACGGUGCGCGUGUUCACGCUGUGCGUGUACUGCGUGGAGCGCGGCGCCGAGCCCCGCGCCUGGAGCGUGCAGCGCAGCGAGCACGACUUCCAUCUGCUGCGGAGCAAGCUGCAGGAGUUCCACGGCGAGCGCCUGCUGCAGGACCUGCCGCUACCCUCCAGGAGAGACAACAGCCCACUCGAAACGCUUCGCUACAAAUACGAGGACUUCCUGCAGCGCGCCCUAGAAGCGCCUCUCCUCCAGAGCUCCGCACUGCUUCGGCUGUUCCUCUCUUGCACGGACUUCGCUCUCGCGGCGGCCGCUGCUGCUUUAAAUGGACCAGAUAUUGGGAAUAUGGUCACGGCGGUUACACAUAGGUUGAGGAAGGAAAAGGGACAACAUUUGGAGUCUUUUCUCAGGAAUUAUCUACUGUCUGCUGAUAUGGAACGAUAUCAAGCGCUAAAGCAAGGCGCGGGCGUAGAAGAGGCCCAAGAAGUGAGCGAAGACGUGAGCAAACGCCCGCGUCGCCGCGACAUCAGAGAAGCAGUAUUUGGCAACAAUUUCGAUGUGGAACCCAGCGGGGAACUCAUCGAUGGCAGCUAUCAAGACAAAGUUAAGGGGUUCACGCAGUGUCUUAUGUAUUUAUUAAUAAAAGUGUUCCACGCACGCGGCUGGCUCGUGCGCGUGCUCGGCGCGGCGCUCGCGGCCGCGCGGCGCGCCGGGGCCGCCGCGGACGCCGCCGCCGCGCGCUGGCUCAACAAAACACUGGCUACGAGUCUGUGUGAACGACGGCUGGCGCACCUUAUAAGACUAGGGCAUGACAUAUUAUUCGGCAAGAAAACCAUCCCACCGCGGCUACCGGCUACCAAACAACGUCAAAUAGCGCACGCGCAGCUGCGCCGCGCCCUACCGCCCGCCGCCGCGGCCGCGCUAGGGACCGGCGCCGCGCAAGCACUAGAUAAGGCGUUUGAGCUGCUGCAGCGGCCGCAGCUUAACAAACAGUUGGUGUACAAUCUUCUCGAUCUAUGUAUAAUGGAGCUGUUCCCGGAAUUAAGUGCCACAGAUAACAGAUCACCGAACGAACCAAAGAGUUGAGGCAGUGUUGUAAACUAUCAAAAUUUUAUAUUUUUAAGUACCAUCUUACUGAUGUAGUGCAUAAUUAUUUUCCAUCGUAUUUUCACGGAAAUGUACAAACUUGUCUUGCUAUUCCAGUCAGUCUCGGUACAAAAAGUACUGAGGUUGACUGAAGUAGUAUGAGAAAUACGAACGUUUCCGAGAAAAUACGAUGGAAAACAGUUAUGCACUACAUCAGUACACACUUUUAAAUGGGCUAUAUUCUGUUUAAAGUUGUACUACACUUUCUUUUCUAAUUUUGGAAUUUUUAUAUUAUUUCUACUCAAAAUCACAAGCUCUUUUGAACCAAAUAAAAA